AUGCCCGAAGCAGCGACCGCGAGCAUGACCAUCCCGAAGCACAUCUUCGACCUACCUCCGGAACUCCGCCUCCACUUCUACGAACAAGCCAUGGCCGAUUUCGACAUCGAUGACGUUGCUGUCAAAGGCGACGCCACUUUCUCCCUGGAACAUGGCCAGUAUCAUCUACCUCUCCUCAACGCCUGCCAGACAUUCUGCAAGGAAGCAUUGCGGCCAUGGCUAACCCACCUGCGUACCCUCCGCAACGAGGCUGAGGCAAAGUACGAGGCAGCCUGUGGGAGAACAACAUGGUAUGAACGCCACUUCAACCUGCCCUCGGACUCCAAGCUUCGUGCAGAAAUCCGUGCUGAAGAGAACGUGAUUUAUGAGCGCCUCUUCAAGCUCGAGGAUAUCCACUUGGCGGAUUAUCACACAGCUUCCUGCUACUGUACCGACGUAUUGCAGAGAUCUGAGGAGGAGUACGAUGAGCAGGGAUGUCUGGAGCUUCUGAAUUGGCUGGUCGAGCAUCCAUGGAGUCCUGCGGCAGAGUACGAUUAG